AUGGCAAACUCAACACAGUUCACUACUAUUAUACUGGCUGGCUACAUUGAUAUAGGACAAAUAAAGUACCUAUUUUUCACUCUCUUGGUACUAACAUACGUAUCAAUUAUUUUUGUAAAUUCCUUACUAAUUGGAUUGAUCUGUGUUGAAAGAUCACUGCAUGAACCCAUGUAUAUUUUUCUCUGCAGUUUGUUUGUGAAUGAGUUAUAUGGGAGUGCUGGACUUUUCCCUGCAAUUUUAACCAAUAUGUUAGCCAAGUCCAAUGAAAUUGCAAUUAUUUAUUGUUAUGUGCAAAUAUUUUCUCUGUACACCUAUGCAUCAGUGGAAUUUGGCAAUUUAGCAAUUAUGUCUUAUGACAGGUAUAUAGCUAUAUGUUACCCUUUCCAAUACAGCAGCAUAAUGACUCAGAGUAGGGUGUGUAUACUAAUUGUGCUGGUAUGGCUGAUAUCUUUUUUCAAAGUCGGCAUCAAUUUUAUAGUGAAUUCACACUUGAAAUUAUGUGGAAAUGUCAUAGAAAAAGUGUGGUGUGACAACUACCUACUUAUUAAACUUGCAUGUUCAGACACCAUAGUGAGUAACAUCUAUGGCAUCUUUGGAGCCAUCUUCUCUAUAGUGUUUCCUUUCCUGUUGAUUUCAUAUUCAUACAUCAAGAUUUGGAGAGUCUGCUUGAAAUCCUCUGCAGAAACUACACAAAAAGCCAUAAGCACAUGCACACCACACCUUGCUUCACUGUUAAAUUUCUCUCUUGGCUGUUCAUUUGAGGUCUUCUCGAGUAGAUUUGAUAAGAUAUAUAUGCCUCCUGUGUUGCGAGUGAUCAUUUCAGUUUAUUUUGUGAUGUGCCCGCCACUUUUGAAUCCUAUUAUGUAUGGCAUAAGGAUGUCUAAGAUAAAGAGAGCAUUUAUGAAACAAAUUGCAGUGUAG